CCACUUCGGCCCCGUCCCUGCUAUGGCGCCCAGUCGGGGCCACACGCCGUCCUGCUCUUGCCUGCAGGCCGCCCGGUCGCCCCGGGGGUGCUCGAGAUGCCGCCGUCGGCGGAGGCCGUGCUCCGGGCGGGGCCCCUGGUGCUCGCGGGCCUCGCCGUGCCCGCGGCCGCGGUGGCGGCCGCGGCGCUGACGGAGCGGCCGUCCAGCGGGGAGCUGCUCGAGCAGAAGGAGGAGUCUUGUCGCAGGGCUAAGCACGUCACCGAGAUGGUUGACAUCCUCGUGAAGACUCAGGACGCCGCUCUGGAGGGCGCGGAGGGAGCGAGCCCCGCGGAGCAGGCCGGUGGGCAGACCCCGGGUCCGCGGCCGCCCCGGGAGGACUCCGACGGCGAAGGCUCGGGGCAAUCACAUUCGAAGACCUCUUUCUGA